AUGCUUCGGCAGGGAACGCUGUCACUCAACGUAUUUGUCGAAGGACAGCCAACCACUUCGACAGAUAGUACCGUAACCCAGACACCCAUCACGACAUCUGGCUGCUAUUUCCCCACAAAGGUCUACAACGCGGAAAUCAUGGAAAAUCGCAAAGGUCGCACUCGUGUCGCUAAGGUGACGUCGUCUUGCGAAAGCGACGGUCGUCCGUACGUGUACACAAUGACACCCGCUUCUGAUGAUUUCGAGCUGAAUUCGACAAGCGGUGAGAUCUACGCCGUACGGCCUCUUGAUCGCGAAAAGCGUAGCUUCCACUUUCUUUACAUCAGCGUCUCCGGUGGUAGUAUAGCAAACAGAAAUCGCGUUGCCCGCCAGAAUCCAAUAAUCGAACAGGCAAUGGCAAAACUAACGGAGGUCCAAACAUUGGUCGUGGUGCGAGUGCUGGACGAGAACGACAAUGCGCCACGAUUCGUGCACUUGAAUGAGGACGAAUCUUUGACUGCCGUCGUGGAUUGGCAGGCUCGCCUCUUCAGCCCUGUGCUUAGGCUCGAGGCUAAGGAUGCCGACGAGCAUGCGCAAUUGUCCUACUCAUUGGAUGGUGCUGACCAUGAGUACUUUUUGGUGAACACUACCAGUGGACUCGUCAUCCUUGCCAAAACCUUGUCUGAUUAUUCUGGAGAUUUUCUAGAGCUCGGUGCCACUGUCAGCGAUGGAGUUCACCGCGCUCAAGUCCCAAUCAAGGUCUACGUAAUAUCUCCGUCAUCGUCGCUGGUGCAGCUUACUGCUGAAAAGCCGCAUUCGCAAGUGGAUCAGGUCUCUGUCGAAAGAACUCUCAACGAACUAACUGGACUUGACAAUCGCCUUCUUGCAAAGCAGCCUUUCGUAGACAGCCAACCGGGGCUUGCUGACCGACGAAAGUUGUCACAUCUCUUCGUCUACGCACUCGAUCGCAAAACGAUGGUACCGUUACCCAAGGAAGAGUUGGCCAAAAUCCUGGAAAGUCACUCAGCAUCGCUGUUGUCAUCGCCGUCGAAAAUCUCAGAUGUUGCGAUGCUCUCACCACCACCGGUUGCCAUCUCGACGUUCGACUUGAUCCUGGCCAUCGUUUGCGCCAUCCUUCUCUUGCUUCUCCUUCUUGCCUGUUGCCUUCUCUCUUCUUAUUGCAAACGAAAGCGAGCGAUUGCCACCAGUGAUCGUGAGUACAUGGUUUCUGCGAAGGCGGGUCCACGCCCCUACGAUGUUGAAGCAAUCACACGGACUACCGCGCAGAGAGUUUUGUCGGCUCGACCCUUACCUGAGCCGUUAACACAUCAGUAU